AUGAUGGAGGUGGCCACCGACCAGCCUCGCUGGAUGGCACAUCACGCUGUGCUCAAUGGGCAGCACCCAGAGAGCCACCACCCCGACUGGCACACAACUACAUGGAACCGGCUCAGCUGCUGCCCCCUGAUGAAGUGGAUGUGUUUUUCAACCAUCUGGAUUCCCAGGGAAAUCCCUACUAUGCCAACUCUGCCCAUGCCAGGGCAAGGGUCUCCUACAGCCAGGCGCAUGCUCGCCUGACAGGCAGCCAGAUGUGCCGGCCACACAUCCUGCACAGCCCUGGACUUCCUUGGCUGGAAAGUGGCAAGUCGGCCCUGACUGCUGCCCACCAUCACAACCCCUGGACGUUAAGACCCUUUGCACCCCACCGGUGGCUCCCUGUAUCCGGGAGGGGGCUCCUCGGGGGCCCCAUCUUCCUCCCACUCCAGCCCGCACCUGUUCGGCUUCCCCCCCACCCCACCCAAGGACGUGUCCCCCGACCCUGGCAGCGCAGCCUCCCCAACCUCCUCCCGGGCGGAGGACAAGGACAGUAUCAAGUACCAGGUGUCCCUGUCUGAGGGGAUGAAGAUGGAGGGGGGCAGUCCACUGCGGAGCAGCCUAGGACCCAUGGGCGCUCAGCCAUCUACCCACCACCCUAUCCCCACCUACCCAUCCUACGUACCGGCAGCACACGACUACAGCAGUGGUCUCUUCCACCCAGGCAGCUUGCUGGGGGGACCAGCUUCCAGCUUCACCCCAAAACAGAGGAGCAAGAGCAGAUCGUGUUCAGAAAGAAAUCCGGUUUCUUCGUGUUUCCAUUUAGAAGGGAGAGAAUGUGUCAACUGUGGAGCUACAGCCACCCCACUGUGGAGGAGAGACGGGACCGGCCACUACCUCUGUAACGCCUGCGGGCUCUACCACAAAAUGAACGGUCAAAACCGACCACUUAUUAAACCGAAACGGCGACUGUCGGCAGCAAGACGAGCAGGCACCUGUUGUGCAAACUGCCAGACAACCACAACGACCUUAUGGCGACGCAAUGCAAACGGAGACCCAGUGUGUAACGCCUGUGGAUUGUACUUCAAGCUGCACAAUGUGAAUAGGCCCCUGACCAUGAAAAAGGAAGGAAUUCAGACCAGGAAUAGGAAAAUGUCCAACAAGUCCAAGAAAAACAAGAAAGGCUCAGAGUGUUUUGAGGAACUUUCCAAGUGCAUGCAAGAGAAGUCUUCUCCUUUCAGCGCGGCGGCCCUGGCCAGUCACAUGGGGCCCAUGGGUCACUUGCCUCCUUUCAGCCACUCCGGCCACAUUUUGCAGACGCCGACCCCUAUCCACCCUUCCUCUAGUCUGUCCUUUGGGCACCCACACCCAUCCAGCAUGGUAACAGCAAUGGGAUAA